AUGAGCGACUUCACUGAGGCCAAUAGGAAAGCAUUCGACGAGUUGUCAAGCAAAUACGACACCGAACCAUGGCGACACCGGAUGACCGAACAAAUAAAACAAGGACUUGUCGAACGUAAAGACUGGAUCGGUAUCCGAUGGGCAAAGGAGGAUGACACCUCCUACGGACGAGAAACGAAGCUCCUCGACUAUGCCUGCGGUACUGGAUUUGCCACCAAAGUAAUGGGACCAUGGGUCACGAACAUCCGCGGCAUCGACGUCAGCGAGAACAUGGUCAAGCUGUUCAACGAGACGGCCCAAGCAUCCGGCUUGAAGCAGGAGCAAGUUAACGCUGUAGUCGGUGAUCUCCUAGCAGACGAAGUCCCAUCACAUCUCAACACGCCCGAGUACCGCGACUUCGACAUCGCAGUGAUAGGCCUAGGCUUCCACCACUUCGAGGAUCCCAAGAGAGCUAUCGAUCGUCUUGUCGAACGCCUAAAGCCAGCAACAGGCGUGCUCCUCAUCAUCGACUUCCUCCCGUUCAACAAGGACGAAGGUGGACCGCAAGCAGCCGCCGCACACACGAUCAAGCACGGCGGCUUUGCGAGACAGAACAUGGAGAUGCUCUUCCAAGCGGCGAAGCUCGAGAACUUUAGCUUCAGCGUCAUGGAGGAGCCGGUGGAGAUGGUGAGCAAAGACGGCAGUACCAACAAACGCACGGUCUUCUUUGCGCGAGGAAGGAAGGAGCCGACGACUUGGGGCAAGCUUGCGAGUUGGGUGACGAAGAUGCAGGAGAAUGCUGCGGAUCAGUUUUCGAUUGCGCCGAGGGAGGAUGUGCCGGAUCAGCUGGGGCUGACGGGGGGUAAGGUGAAGAAGUAG